AUGUGGCUGAUAUUUGACAACAUUCAGCAAACGAAGAGUAACUCCAAAGCGGCGAUGAAUUUAUAUGAAUUGGAUGACAGAACGAGGCAGAUUCUUCAUCUGAGCAACUUCUUGGAGGAUCUCAGUGCGUCGGAUUUCAUCGAAGAGAUCUCAAAACAGCAUGAAAUCUCGUUGAACGAAUCAAAGACCAACGAUAAUAACCUCGAACAACUCGAUCCCAAACCUUUUAUUAGAACUUUUGAAUCAGUAUUAAGCGAGUUGAAGUCUUUGAAGAAGAAGAAUAUAGAAGAAAUGAAUAAUCUAGAGAAUGAGGUUAUGGACUAUGAACUUUAUCAUUCCAAAAAAGUGAUCAAGUUGUGGGAUCAAGUCCAGGUCAUCAAUAAUAAAUUUGGCAGUUUAGAAACUGUGGUAUCGGAUGUUGGCUCAAUAAUCAACCCAUUGGGAGAAAAAUUGCAAGUGGCCACUAGUUUGAAAGAUCAGAAUAUGGAAAUCAUCUUUCUCACUAAAUGUUACAAUGAUUUCUACAGAUAUAACCAAUCGAAAUUAUUGAUUGAUCUACAAAACUCCAAGAAAUCCAGCGAUAAAAAGAAUUGUGGGAAAUAUAUUAGUAAAUUGUUAAAAUUGGCAAAAAAAUUAUCAACUAACAAUGGAGGAGAUCCUGAUCAGGAAGAAAAGCACAAGAAGUUUCAAGUCGUUUAUGAAGAGAUUUUGAAGUUUUCUAAUAAUUUUGAAACCAGACUUUUAAUGGAAUUCAACCAAUCUUACGAAACUGAAAACACUCUCAAAAUGAAGGAGUGUUUUGAUAUUUUGAUUGAUUUCAAUGAGAACUCGACCGAGAUAUAUGACACCUACACUGGAAAAAUUGAAGCGUUGGGUCAACCAUUACCAGAAGAAGAUUAUAUACUCAAUAAUAAUGAAUUCAUGAAUGAGAACCAUGAGUUUUGGAAGCUUAUAUCUGAUCCAAUUAUUCAUUAUAAUUAUGAAAAGCUUCUUUCAGAUUUACCGCAGUUGCAAGACUUGCUUGAAAAAUUUCAGAACUUGAUCUUCAACCAAUUUAAUUUAAUCAAAAUAAUCUUCAAUAAAUCCAAACAUUUCUUCAUCAAAGUUUUCGACCUAUUUUUGAAACAAAUAUUUAGAAAAAAGCUCAAUAAUAUUGUGGUCAACUUGUUAAACUAUUCCCAGUCAUUGAAUAAUUUGGCUUAUGUUAGAUUACUUCACUUGCUUAAUGUUUCAAUUACAACUUUCACUAACGAAAUCAAAGAAUUCUUUAAUGAGAAUCACUCCAAAAUAUACUUGGAAGAUGCAUUGAUUAGAAGAUCAAACAAUAAUGACAAUAUCGGAGGGGGAGAAAAUAAUAAUAAUGAGGAUGAUGAUGAAGAUAGCAAAUCCAUAGUUAAUGACUUGAACAAUUUGAUAGAUAGCCAUUUUAAUGAAUUAUUCUUCCAAUUCUUGACCGAAAAGAACUAUAUUGAAAAAGAAAAGAAGUCGCUUGAAGAUAUUUAUACAAAAAUUAAUUCUAACUUUGAGAAAAAGCAUCCAAAGAUAUUCAAGGACAAGGCCUUAUCUGUUAGGUUAGCCACUACCGAUUCCGUGAAAGAAUCAAACCUACUUUCUCCUUUGGCUUCGCCAACCAUGGGAAGCCCACUGUUGACAUCGAGAAUCGGCAGCUUCACUGCUGGUAGUGGUAGUCAUCACAACAUUUUGGAAAAAAAUAAAUUGAUCCAAAUCCGUACCUACAUGAAAUCAAAGUUGGAAAGAACUUCCUCCAAUUCGUCAAAAUUCUCUAGUUUGAACGACUCGUUGUUGCUUUCCCCUAAAGUCGACCAAGCUAAUAGUAUCUUUAGCGAAAUGCGGGAUAGCGAUGAUUCUACGUUAUUCGAUGGCGAUGCAUUCAAUGAAGAUGGUACUGAUAGUGAUGAAGCCAGUGAUAUCAAAUUCUCAAAAAUCGAUUUUAUGAUCCAGAACUCAGUGGAAUCGUUAUCCAGAAUAUCAGAUCUCAGGCCAUUGAAUAUUCCGGAAUAUUCUUUGGAGAUUCUUCGAAUCUUGAUCUUUGGUAUUGGAGGAUAUUUGGAAUUUGGUCUAGAACUCAAUUAUUACAAAUUGAUUCAUAUAGAUUUCAAGAAAAACGAAUUUUUGAAUUUCAAUUUUCUUAAAAUCAUUAAUAAGGCCAAUAGAAUCUUGAGACUUCUCACCGAUUUCAUCAAAUUGAUCAUUUUACCGCUCUCCAUAAACAAUUCCAGCACCAAGAAGAAGAUUGUCAAUUUGACCAACGGGUAUUUAACCACCUGUGAACUUUCCUUGAAUAUCAUAUUGAGAGAUUCCAUCGAAUUGAUUUUGAACAAGAUCCAAUACUACUUAGAUAAACAGAAAAAGAAAGAUUUUUACGUGACCAACAACAAAUUGUCCAACUUGACCUCUUUUGACGAUGAUGCGUACAUCACCAGCGAAUUUAACAACGAAGACACCGAAACCUGUCAAGCAAUUUGUAAAUUCCUCAAUAACCUUUAUUUGGACCAAUUGCUACCAAAGAAAUUAUUGAUCCACUCUAACUUGAAGAAUUUCCUCAUUGAGAUCGGGAUCAAUUUGUUGUCGUUGCUAGUUAAUCAUUUAAAGAAAUUUCAAAUAAACGAAAUUGGUGGGGUGAUAGUGACAAAGGACAUCAUUAGUUACCAGGCAUUGAUUGAUUCAUGGAAGAUUGAAGAUUUAUCGGAAAGAUUCUCAAUUUUGAGAGAAUUGGCUAAUUUGUUCACCGUCCAGCCUAAUUAUAUUGCCAGCUUGAUUAAAGAAGGCCAGUUGGUGAAUUUAAACCCAGAUAUUAUUCAACAAUAUGUUGGAAGAAGAGCAGAUUAUAAUUCUAGUUUCUUGAAUAAGUUUGGAAGUUUCAUUUGA